CACACACACACACACACACACACACACACACACACACAUUCAAACGCCUUAGAUGAUGGUGGACUCCACGCUGGUUCAAGUGGGCAAGAAUCUGAGUGAAGCCAUGAAGAUCCUGGAAGAUGGACAGAGAGAGCUGGAGCCGGGAACAGAGAGGAGGCGUUUCAGCAGAACCAGCAUCCCUGGACCGCUGCAGGGAGACGGUCAGGAUGUCGCCACUAUUCUGCACUUAGUUCACAACCUCAUUCAUGAAGAGGAAGAGACAGAGGACAAACCCAGCCAACAUAGAAUGCAGAAUGUGGGUGAACAGGGUCACAUGGCGCUGCUGGGUCACAGCCUGGCGGCCUACAUCUCAGUGCUGGACAGAGAGCGACUGCGGAAGCUGACCACACGGAUCCUGUCUGACACCACACUAUGGCUCUGCAGACUGUUCAGGUAUGAGAACGGUUCAGCCUACUUCCAUGAGGAUAACAGGGAUGGCCUGGUCAAAGUUUGUCGGCUGAUCAUCAAUGCCCGCUAUGAAGAAUACGCCUCUGAGGGCUAUUCAGUGCUAAGCUUCAAACAGCCAAUCAUCUACCAGAGUGCGUCCUGCAGGCCUGGUCUGGGACAACACCUCUGCAGCCAGCUCGGCCUGCCUCUCUCCAGUUUGUGCACAGUCCCAUGCAACACCAUCUUUGGAUCCCAACACCAAAUGGAUGUUGCCCUGUUGGACAAACUGAUCAAAGAGGACGUGGAGGCAGGGAAGCUUCCUCUGCUAUUGAUCGCUAAUGCAGGCACCCCUGGGGCAGGUCAUACAGACAAGUUGGGUCGCCUGAAGGACCUGUGUGACCAGUACAAAAUGUGGCUUCAUGUGGAGGGGGUCAACCUGGCAACCCUGGCGCUUGGGCAGGUCACCUCUGCCGUCAUGGCGGCCACCAGAAGUGAUAGUAUGACACUGACACCGGGUCAGUGGCUGGGACUGCCUGCUGUUACCGCUGUCACCCUCUACAGACAUGAAGACCCAGCACUGUCUCUGGCAGCAGGUCUGACCUCUAGUCAGCCGGUGGAGAAGCUGCGAGCGCUGCCUCUCUGGCUCUCUCUGCAGUACCUCGGUCACAAUGGAAUUGUCCAGAAGAUCAAACAUGCCGCCGCUCUGAGCCAGCAACUCCUGCAGAAACUGAAAUCUUUGGCCUCAAUCAAGACAUCGGUGGAGGAUGAACUCAACUCACCUGUGGUGCUGUUCAAGUUCUCCCAGGAAAUGAGUGCUGCGUCCAGUGGGGGCUCAGUGGAGGGAUACUGUGCUGGGGAGAAAGAGGUCCUGGAUGCCUUCAACAGAUGGCUGGGUGAACAGCUCGCUCAGUUGGUUCCCACCAGUGGAGUAGAUGUGGUGGAGCUUGAAGACGAGGGAACCUGUGUUCGCUUCAGCCCCCUCCUGACUGCUGCAGUCCUGGGCACCCAGCAUAAGGAUGUUGAGGACCUGGUGGAGAAGCUGAUGGAGCUAGUGCCUGUGAUGAGCUCCACAAUGUGCCUCCGACAGGACUUCAGAGAGGAGACCCACCGACACGCAGCCACGCUCAGAUACAUGGAGGAGCUCAGCUGGCCUGGCCUGGGAGCUGUCCGGUACGAGCCGCAGGCUGAAGAGAUGGAUGAGAGCAGGAGGAAGCAGGAGCUGGAAAAAAUUAACACCGAGCUGCUGAAGAAACUACAAGAGCUUGACACGGACAUCAUCUUCUCCACUGGUCCUGAGUUUGGAACAGAGGAGGGCUGUAUCUUUAUUGGCAUGGUGACUGAGGACGUUGAUGUUUCAGAAUUGGUGGAUACAAUAGCUGCCUUGGGGAGGGACAUAGAGGAGAGCGGAAGGCUGUUGGAGAACAUGACAGAGGUGGUGAGGAAAGGCAUCCUGGAGGCAGAGCUGCAGCUACAGAAGGCCAAUGAGGAGAAACUCAUGGAGGAGGGGAUGCUGAGGCAGCUUCCUCUGGUCGGCUCUGUUUUAAACUGGUUCUCUCCAGUUCAGAGCUCCAUAAAGGGAAGGACCUUUAACCUGGCUGCAGGUUCCCUGGACUCCACAGAGGUAACAUACUCCACCAAGGCCCAGGCAGGAAGGCCGUCCUUGCAGGACACUCCCACCUCCUCAUCAAAGAGACUGCCAGGUCAGAGGUUAUUCCAGCGCCCAGGGGCGAGCUCCGACUCCUUCAGUGAGACCAGCUCCAUCGGACAAGCCGAUGACACGACCAGGGAGGAGAGUGUCACUGUGAGCAGCAGCAUCCACCCUCCCCCCACUCCACCUGCACCAGAGGACUCACACACUGGAAGUGACGUCUCACCUCAGGAAGUCCAGGAGUCCUCUGAGCAGGUGCAGGCACAGGUGGAGACUGAGGAGGCCUCAGAGGAAAGGCCGUCUGAAGACCAAGAGGUGGAGCAGAGCUUUAGAUAGGACGAGUCUGUGCACGUGUCUUCCAGCUGUCCUCUAAAUGGUGCCAGCCUAACAGAUGUUUAAAAAGGGAUUUCAGUGUGAAUGUAACUUUUCCAGAUGUGAAGGAAAACCGAUGGAACUAGAUCAGGCAGCGUGUCUCCGUCUGAUGUGUCAGGUCAGAGAGGACCUCAGAGUUAAAAGAGAAAUCCACCCAUGGAUACAUUUACAUUGUACCUGAUGCAUUCUACUGAUUUAGUGAUAGAGUUUUAAUAUAUGUUUCCUCUGCCUGAAGUCUGAUCGCUCACAUUUUUCUUGCCAUGUUUAAUCACUCCUGUAGGGACAUAAACAAGCUGUUUUCAUUUCAUUCAUUCACCUAUGACUUGUUAGUGAAAUGAGCAGUGAUGGGUCUGUUGAGGCUCCUGUCUGGGGGUGAACAGGUGUACCGUACCUGCCUCUGUAUGAUUGCUGCCUUUACACUGAUGAGAAAUGUUCUGCUGUCAAACACUACAAAUAUCUUUGACUCCUGUCAUCUCUGGCUUACUGUGUAUUCAAGAAUACACUUGACCACAGGAUGGAGUGAAGUGUUUCUGGGUGGAUUUUUCCUUUAAACACAGGAUGGAAUAGAGUUCAGUGACUCUGUCUUGAUUUUUACACUGAUCUCUGUGUGUGUCCUGAUCAUAGAGCAGAGGAGUAGCCAUAUUGCACACUGAUUUUUUUUAGAUAUAAAGAAAAAUAUGAUUCUUUAAUAUUCCAUUCACCUGAGCACUCAACUGGAAAUAAAGCAGCUAAAUAUUUAAGCAAUGAGUGCUGCAAUUAAAAUGUUUAGAUUCCUCACUGUAAAUAGUCUACACGCAAAAUGUAUUUAACUUGCCCAAUUACUGACUAUAAUAAUUUAUGAUCAAAUUAAUCUGUAGAGGAAGAGAAGUAUUUAAUUACAAAUGGCUCCUAAUGACAGCAGUCACCUGCUUCCAAGCUUCAAACACUCCCUUCAUGUGUGCACUGCCCCGCAACACUGUGAUGGAUCGUUAGAGUCACUGCAGGAAAAAUAUAGUCCAAAUAUUCUGAGAAAUCAAACAUUAUGAGGAUGAAAAAAAAAAUUCACAAAAC